CAAAAAUAUUUUUUCAUUUAUUUUCAAUUUUUAUUCUCCAAUUUUUGAAGUGUAAAUUGUAAAAUUAACUUCCGCGUAAUUGGUUCCGGUGGCUUUGGAAAACAGAUUGGAAGGACUCUCGCAAAUGCUGUGCACUUGAAUCCUUUUUUUAAUUUCAAUGACGCUACGGUUAAAAAAUUGUGAGAUUCAAUUUCAACGUGAAGUAGAUUUUCAUGACAAUAUUAUCCGUUUUUAUGAUGACCAAAGAAAAGAGUAUAUGUUAGUAAUGGAAUAUGCCGACAAUGGAACUUUCCGAAAAUAUUUGAAGGAAAAUUUUGAAAAUCUCACUUGGAAUGACAAAUUUAAUCUUGCAUUCCAGUAUCAUGUUUACAUAUUAAAUAAAGGGAUCAUGCAUCGUGAUUUGCACUCCAAUAACGCUAAAGCUAGCAGAUUUUGGUUUAUCAAGAAGAAUUGAGGAAACAUCUAACUCUCAAUCAAAAACAUUUGGAGUAAUUUCUUAUACUGAUCCAAGAAGCUUUAAUAGAAAUACAUCAACAUUAUACUUAUUAAAUAAAAAAAGUGA